AGUCCCGUUGUCGUGUGCUGGUGCAUGGGCGGAUGCGUGGGUGGGACGGGACUGGCGAGGUAUCAUGAGAGCUCCCGCGGGUGAUGCCGAGGCGAGGAUGGAAGCGGGACUGUGGUAUCGCUCGACGUGGAUCAUCGGAUGAGCGGAGAGGCCAGGUUCCAAAGGUUCUAGAGAGGCUGCGAGAUGGCGGACGAGGCCGAGCGCCGCCGGAAGCUCGGCUACCUCCUCGCGGCGAUUCUGCUGCUCGACGUCGUCCUCACAUGCUUCGGCCAGAAGCCACUGAAUCUCGGGGGCAUUAAAAGGCGCGACGUUUACAUCGCGGGUCUCUUCCCUUACGCGACACACGUGCCGGAGAGUAUCGUGGGACGGGGUGUUAUGCCGUCCGUUAAGCUCGCCGUCGACCACAUCAACGAGAAUCCUAAUAUAUUGAGGAAUUAUCGGCUCCACAUGUGGUGGAACGACACUCAGUGUUCAUAA